GUCGGUACCGACUCACCCGACACCACCACCAAGCCGCAGGGAGGGACGCCCCCGCCGACAGGAGGAUUGGUUCCUGGGCCCGCGGCGAUGCCCCCCCGGUAGCUCGGGCCCCUGCUCGGGUGUUUGUGAGUGUUUCUAUGUGGGAGAAGGAGGAGGAGGAGGAAGCAGCAGCGGCGGCGGCAGCAGCAGCAGCAGCAGCAGCAGCAGCAGCGAUUUGUCUUCUCGGCUGGUCUCCCCCCGGCUCUACAUGUUCCCUGCACUGAGGAGACGGAAGAGGAGCCGUAGCCACCCCCCCUCCCGGCCCGGAUUAUAGUCUCUCGCCACAGCGGCCUCGGCCUCCGCUUGGAUUCAGACGCCGAUUCGCCCAGAAACUUUUCUGAACAUUUUACAUAGGAAAGACAAUAUCGACCUAAAUUGUUUUGGAGACUACUUUAAAGAAGUACAUCAAAACAUCAUUGGUCUUAAGAGUUUGGGAAAUGGGAAGUAAUGACAGCUGGCACCUGAACUAAGUACCUUCAUAGGCAACACCAUUCCAGAACUUCAGGAUGAAUGGGGAUAUGCCCCAUGUCCCCAUAACUACUCUUGCGGGGAUUGCUAGUCUCACAGACCUCCUGAACCAGCUGCCUCUUCCAUCUCCUUUACCUGCUACUACUACGAAGAGCCUCCUCUUUAAUUCACGAAUAGCAGAAGAGGUGAACUGCCUUCUGGCCUGCAGGGAUGACAAUUUGGUUUCACAGCUUGUCCAUAGUCUCAACCAGGUAUCAACAGAUCACAUAGAACUGAAAGAUAACCUUGGCAGUGAUGACCCAGAAGGUGAUAUACCAGUCUUGUUGCAGGCCGUCCUGGCAAGGAGUCCUAACGUUUUCAGGGAGAAAAGCAUGCAGAACAGAUAUGUACAAAGUGGAAUGAUGAUGUCUCAGUAUAAACUUUCUCAGAAUUCCAUGCACAGUAGUCCUGCAUCUUCCAAUUAUCAACAAACCACUAUCUCACAUAGUCCCUCCAGCCGGUUUGUGCCACCACAGACAAGCUCUGGGAACAGAUUUAUGCCACAACAAAAUAGCCCAGUGCCUAGUCCAUAUGCCCCACAGAGCCCUGCAGGAUACAUGCCAUAUUCCCAUCCUUCAAGUUACACAACACAUCCACAGAUGCAGCAAGCAUCGGUAUCAAGUCCUAUUGUUGCCGGUGGCUUGAGAAACAUCCAUGAUAACAAAGUUUCUGGUCCAUUAUCUGGCAACUCAGCUAAUCAUCAUGCUGAUAACCCUAGACAUGGCUCAAGUGACGACUACCUACACAUGGUGCACAGGCUAAGUAGUGAUGAUGGCGAUUCUUCAACAAUGAGGAAUGCUGCAUCCUUUCCCUUGAGGUCUCCGCAGCCAGUGUGUUCCCCUGCUGGAAGUGAUGGGACUCCUAAAGGAUCAAGACCACCCUUAAUUCUACAAUCUCAGUCUUUACCUUGUUCAUCACCUCGAGAUGUUCCUCCAGAUAUCUUGCUAGAUUCUCCAGAGAGAAAACAAAAAAAGCAAAAGAAAAUGAAAUUAGGCAAGGAUGAAAAAGACCAGAAUGAGAAAGCUGCAAUGUAUGAUAUAAUUAGUUCUCCAACCAAGGACUCUACUAAACUUACGUUAAGACUUUCUCGUGUAAAAUCUUCAGAUAUGGACCAGCAAGAGGAUAUGCUCUCUGGUAUGGAUAAUAGCACUGUUUCAGAAAAUGAUAUUCCUUUUAAUGUGCAGUAUCCAGGACAGACUUCAAAAACACCCAUUACUCCACAGGACGUAAACCGCCCACUUAAUGCUGCUCAGUGUUUGUCGCAGCAAGAACAAACAGCAUUCCUUCCAGCAAAUCAAGUGCCUGUUUUACAACAGAACACUUCAGCUGCUACAAAACAGCCACAGACUUCUGUAGUGCAGAAUCAGCAACAGGUGUCACAACAGGGGCCCAUAUAUGACGAAGUGGAAUUGGAUGCACUGGCUGAAAUUGAGCGGAUAGAGAGAGAAUCAGCCAUUGAAAGGGAGCGCUUCUCAAAGGAAGUUCAAGAUAAAGAUAAACCUUUGAAAAAAAGGAAACAAGAUUCUUACCCACAGGAGGCUGGGGGUGCUCCAGGAGGUAAUAGACCAGCUUCUCAGGAGACGGGUUCUACGGGAAAUGGGUCAAGGCCAGCAUUAAUGGUUAGCAUUGAUCUUCAUCAGGCAGGAAGAGUGGACUCUCAGGCUUCUAUAACUCAGGAUUCAGACUCCAUAAAAAAGCCUGAAGAAAUCAAACAGUGUAAUGAUGCACCCAUUCCUGUUCUUCAGGAAGAUGUUAUUGGAAGUCUUAAGUCUAUACCAGAAAAUCAUCCUGAGACACCUAAAAAAAAGUCUGAUGCUGAGCUCUCAAAAAGUGAAAUGAAACAAAAUGAAAGUAGGUUGUCAGAAUCUAAACCAAAUGAAAACCAACUGGUGGAGACCAAGUCAAAUGAAAGUAAGUUAGAAACUAAAACUGAGACCCAAACAGAAGAACUUAAACAGAGUGAGAACAGAACGACAGACUCCAAACAAAACGAGGCUGUAGUUGAGCCUAAACAGAAUGAAAAUAGACUAUGCGACACAAAACCAAAUGAGAACAAACAAAACAAUACCAGGUCAGAAACAACAAGAUCAAGACCUGAAACCCCAAAGCAGAAAGCUGAAUGCCGGCCUGAAACUCCAAAGCAAAAGGGUGAAGGUCGACCUGAAACCCCAAAACAGAAGGGUGAGGGACGACCUGAGACUCCAAAGCAAAAGGGUGAAGGCCGGCCUGAAACUCCAAAGCAAAAAAGUGAAGGCCGGCCUGAAACCCCAAAACACAGGCAUGAAAAUAGGAGGGAUGCUGGAAAGCCAUCAACAGAGAAAAAGCCCGAUGUGUCUAAGCAUAAACAGGAUAUCAAAUCUGACUCACCUCGCUUAAAAUCAGAAAGAGCUGAAGCCUUAAAGCAAAGACCUGAUGGGCGAUCUGAGUCACUAAGACGUGACCAUGAUAGUAAACAAAAAUCAGAUGACAGGGGUGAGUCAGAACGACAUCGGGGGGAUCAGUCAAGGGUUCGAAGACCAGAAACAUUGAGAUCUUCUAGCAGAAAUGAACAUAGCAUUAAAUCUGAUGGUUCAAAACCUGAAAAGUUAGAAAGAAAACACAGGCAUGAAUCAGGGGACUCACGGGACAGACCUUCUUCUGGGGAACAAAAAUCAAGACCAGACAGUCCUCGUGUAAGACAAGGAGAUACUAACAAAUCCAGACCUGGUUUUAAGUCACCAAAUAGUAAGGAUGACAAAAGGACAGAGGGUAACAGAAGCAAAGCAGACAGUAAUAAAGCGCACACUGACAAUAAGGCCGAAUUUCCAAGCUAUUUGUUGGGGGGCAGGUCUGGUGCAUUGAAAAAUUUUGUCAUUCCAAAACUCAAGAGGGAUAAAGAUGGCAAUAUUACUCAGGAAACUAAGAAAAUGGACAUGAGAGGAGAGCAGAAAGACAAAGUAGAAAAAAUGGGAUUAGUUGAAGAUCUAAACAAAGGCGCUAAGCCUGUAGUUGUUCUGCAAAAACUGUCGCUGGAUGAUGUCCAGAAGCUAAUUAAAGAUAGAGAGGAUAAAGCAAGAAGUUCCCUUAAGUCUAUCAAGAAUAAGCCAUCCAAGUCAAAUAAAGGUAGUAUAGAUCAAUCAGUGUUAAAAGAAUUGCCCCCUGAACUCCUGGCAGAAAUUGAAUCUACCAUGCCACUUUGUGAACGUGUGAAAAUGAACAAACGCAAACGUAGCACAGUUAAUGAAAAGCCAAAAUAUGCUGAAAUCAGUUCAGAUGAAGAUAAUGAUAGUGAUGAAGCUUUUGAAUCCUCUAGGAAACGGCAUAAAAAAGAUGACGAUAAAGCUUGGGAAUACGAAGAGCGUGAUAGAAGAAGCUCUGGGGAUCAUAGGAGAAGUGGCCACUCACAUGAAGGAAGAAGGAGCUCGGGUGGCGGUCGUUACCGAAACCGAAGUCCAUCAGAUUCUGAUAUGGAAGAUUACUCUCCUCCUCCCAGCCUUAGUGAGGUUGCUAGAAAAAUGAAGAAAAAAGAAAAACAAAAGAAAAGGAAAGCUUAUGAGCCGAAACUAACACCUGAAGAAAUGAUGGAUUCUUCAACUUUUAAGAGAUUUACAGCCUCAAUAGAGAAUAUUUUGGAUAAUUUAGAAGAUAUGGAUUUUACUGCAUUUGGCGAUGAUGAUGAAAUUCCUCAGGAACUGCUGUUAGGAAAACAUCAGCUUAAUGAACUUGGGAGUGAAUCUGCUAAAAUUAAAGCCAUGGGUAUAAUGGACAAGCUUUCAACUGACAAAACUGUGAAAGUCCUAAAUAUAUUGGAGAAGAAUAUUCAGGAUGGAUCAAAGCUUUCCACUUUGUUAAAUCAUAAUAAUGAUACUGAAGAAGAAGAAAGAUUGUGGAGAGACCUUAUUAUGGAGAGAGUUACAAAAUCAGCAGAUGCCUGUCUUACAACUAUCAACAUUAUGACAUCUCCUAACAUGCCAAAAGCUGUAUACAUUGAAGAUGUAAUUGAAAGAGUUAUACAGUACACUAAAUUUCACUUACAGAAUACACUCUAUCCCCAGUAUGACCCUGUUUACAGAUUAGAUCCACAUGGAGGAGGGUUAUUAAGUUCAAAGGCCAAGCGUGCUAAAUGUUCUACUCAUAAGCAGAGAGUAAUAGUAAUGCUUUAUAACAAAGUUUGUGACAUUGUUAGCAGCUUAUCAGAAUUGCUUGAGAUACAGCUUCUUACAGACACAACGAUUCUUCAGGUUUCAUCAAUGGGAAUAACACCAUUUUUUGUGGAAAACGUCAGUGAGCUACAGUUAUGUGCUAUCAAGUUAGUCACUGCAGUAUUCUCAAGAUAUGAAAAGCAUAGGCAGUUAAUUUUGGAAGAAAUUUUUACUUCACUUGCAAGAUUACCAACUAGCAAGAGAAGUUUAAGGAAUUUCAGGUUAAAUAGUAGUGAUGUGGAUGGGGAACCUAUGUAUAUUCAGAUGGUUACAGCACUAGUUUUACAACUUAUUCAGUGUGUAGUUCACUUACCAUCAUCAGAGAAGGACCCUAAUUCAGAAGAAGACUCAAACAAAAAAGUUGACCAGGAUGUUGUCAUUACUAACUCUUAUGAAACAGCUAUGAGAACAGCCCAGAACUUUCUUUCCAUCUUCCUUAAAAAAUGUGGUAGUAAGCAAGGUGAAGAAGAUUACAGACCACUUUUUGAAAAUUUUGUUCAAGACCUUCUUUCAACAGUCAAUAAGCCCGAGUGGCCAGCUGCUGAACUACUCCUUAGUUUGUUAGGGAGACUGUUGGUUCAUCAGUUUAGUAAUAAGUCAACAGAAAUGGCUUUAAGAGUGGCAUCUCUUGAUUACCUUGGAACUGUUGCUGCGCGACUGAGAAAAGAUGCUGUUACCAGCAAGAUGGAUCAAGGGUCUAUAGAACGAAUUUUAAAACAGGUUUCCGGAGGAGAAGAUGAAAUCCAACAGUUGCAAAAGGCAUUACUUGAUUAUUUGGAUGAGAACACUGAGACUGACCCUUCACUGGUGUUUUCUCGUAAAUUCUAUAUAGCCCAAUGGUUCCGUGACACAACUCUGGAAACAGAAAAAGCAAUGAAAUCACAAAAAGAUGAAGAAUCAUCUGAUGGAACACAUCAUGCAAAAGAAAUCGAGACAACUGGUCAAAUAAUGCAUCGAGCUGAAAGCCGGAAAAAGUUCCUUAGAAGCAUUAUCAAAACCACACCGUCUCAGUUCAGCACAUUAAAGAUGAACUCUGAUACUGUGGACUAUGAUGAUGCGUGCUUGAUUGUUCGAUACUUGGCCUCUAUGAGGCCGUUUGCCCAGAGCUUUGAUAUUUAUUUGACACAGAUACUACGAGUUCUUGGUGAAAAUGCAAUUGCCGUGCGAACAAAAGCCAUGAAGUGUUUAUCUGAGGUUGUUGCUGUAGACCCCAGUAUUCUAGCAAGGCUUGACAUGCAGCGAGGAGUUCAUGGACGAUUAAUGGAUAACUCCACUAGUGUUCGAGAGGCGGCCGUGGAAUUACUAGGUCGAUUUGUCCUUUGUCGACCUCAGCUUGCUGAGCAGUAUUAUGAUAUGCUGAUUGAAAGAAUAUUGGAUACUGGUAUCAGUGUCAGGAAAAGGGUAAUAAAGAUUUUAAGAGACAUCUGUAUUGAACAACCAACAUUUCCAAAAAUUACAGAAAUGUGUGUAAAAAUGAUUCGUAGAGUCAAUGAUGAAGAGGGCAUUAAGAAAUUAGUAAAUGAAACAUUCCAAAAACUCUGGUUUACUCCAACUCCACAUAAUGACAAAGAAGCAAUGACAAGGAAAAUCUUAAACAUCACUGAUGUGGUUGCAGCAUGUAGAGAUACUGGAUAUGAUUGGUUUGAGCAACUCCUUCAAAAUUUGUUGAAGUCUGAAGAGGAUUCUUCAUAUAAACCUGUGAAGAAAGCUUGUACUCAACUUGUUGAUAACCUAGUUGAGCAUAUUCUUAAAUAUGAGGAGUCUCUAGCCGAUUCAGACAAUAAAGGUGUGAAUUCUGGAAGAUUAGUAGCUUGUAUAACCACUUUGUUCUUAUUCAGCAAAAUAAGACCCCAACUCAUGGUUAAACAUGCCAUGACUAUGCAACCGUACCUUACCACUAAAUGUAGUACGCAAAAUGAUUUCAUGGUUAUCUGCAAUGUUGCAAAAAUCCUUGAGUUAGUUGUACCACUGAUGGAACACCCAAGUGAAACUUUCCUUGCCACUAUUGAAGAAGAUCUGAUGAAGCUGAUCAUUAAAUAUGGCAUGACUGUAGUACAGCAUUGUGUGAGCUGUCUUGGGGCUGUUGUAAAUAAAGUGACGCAGAAUUUUAAAUUUGUGUGGGCCUGUUUCAAUAGAUACUACGGUGCCAUUUCGAAAUUAAAAAGUCAGCAUCAAGAAGACCCAAAUAACACUUCACUUUUAACAAAUAAACCAGCACUUCUUAGGUCCCUCUUCACUGUUGGAGCACUCUGUCGGCAUUUUGAUUUUGAUCUGGAAGAUUUUAAAGGCAACAGUAAGGUUAACAUAAAGGAUAAAGUACUUGAGCUGUUGAUGUAUUUUACGAAACACUCAGAUGAAGAAGUACAAACAAAAGCCAUCAUUGGUCUAGGUAAGUCUAAAUUUUUUAGUAGUUUUUAGCUCUUUGAGGGGGUGGAGUAAGCUUUUUGACUAUUGUGAGUCAAGUUGUUGGUUUAUUUAGACAUAUUUCUAUUGGCUGUGUGAUCUGAUGUGGAGAAUGAAGAACUGGGGUUUAAGAAACCUGAAUUCUGUCCAUGUUUUAGCCUGUGGCCUUUCUGGGUAACUAAUCAGGCCACUUGUCCCUUGGUCAGUUUCUUGGUCAGUAAAGUGGAGAUAACAGUACUGUGUCCCACCCCUUCUUCCUAGAGCUAGCUUAAGAACAC